CGCUGGUUGGCUGACUGCUCGCUCAUCCCGCCAUCUUAUUGAGAAGAGUGAGGUGCGAUGGCUCGUCGGCCGCCACCGUCGGAUGCCCCGUAUCAACGCUCGAGUGGGUGACCGUCGAAAUGAUGCAGAAUGUCAUCGACGGUAAGGAGACAGGCCUAGGAGAGAGGGAUGCACACCAUGACAGACCGAUGCCGUAUCUGUAUGUGUGUAUGCAGACCUUCGCCGUUCGAUGGACAGAGAGCGGCAACAAAGCGACAAGCGAAUCGCUGAGCUUGAGACCCAAAGGGAUGAGUACAAGAGAGAGAGGGACGCCUACAAGCGUGAACGAGACGCCGCCCUGGACAGGCUCAGAGACCUUGAGGAAAAGGUGGCUGCCGAUGACGAGGCCCACAGCCGUGUUGCCCGCUCGAUUGUGCACGACGGCGGCCUCUACCACGGCUCUGUCCGCACAAGUGGGCGGCACCGAGGUGCCCCACGGGACGGGGCUGCUGCGGUCGCUGGACGGCGACAAAAAGCGAUAUGAGGGCGAGUGGAAGGACGGCAAGUACCACGGCAAAGGCAUCGAAUACGCUUCAUUCGAGACGCGCAACCAGCAAGGCCAACUGGAGACCAAGAUGUGUCUCGUGUAUGAGGGCGACUUUGCGGACGGCAAGCGAGAGGGACAAAAGGGCACCGAAUACCAAGCCAUAAACGGGCAAAUGGGGAAGGUCUAUGAGGGAGAAUGGAGAGACAACAAAUGGCAUGGACAGGGGAGGGAGCUUCCGCACUACGAUUCGAGCUCAGGACAGCGACAGCAUAUUCUCGAGUACACUGGAAGCUGGGUGAACGGCAAGCGGCACGGCGAGGGCGAGGAGCUCACUGACAGCAAGGUGACCUACAGGGGCGGCUGGGCAAAUGGAGAGAAGAAAGGCAACGGGACGGCGGGCGGCAUGGAGCUCAGAGACGACAACGGACAGCAUUUGGGCAACUAUCACGGCCCCACCCUCGACGGGCAGCCAAACGGAGACGCGGAACUGCGAUAUGGCAACCAAGUCGUCUACAAGGGCAACUGGGCGAGCGGCAAGCGGCACGGCCAGGGGAAGGCAUACUACGACUACUGUCCUGUGUUGUGGUUCGAUGGCGAAUGGCGGGAGGGCCUGGCCAACAACGGCAUGCUCUUCCCUGACGGCGACUGUUGGGGACAGAAGAAGGCUGACGGCAGCCCUGUGUAUCCCAUCAAACCCAUUCGAUGGCAGGCGGGACAGCAGAUACCCAACACCGAUGUGCCUGGCUGCGGAUGGAAGCUGCAUCAGUGGCUGCAGAGUCGGGGUGUGUCGGGAUAUUUCCCUGCUGGUGCACUGUGAUAGCGAGUGUGUCUCUCGUGGCUGUGUGUUUUGUGUGUCUAUCUGUCUGUCUCUCGUGGCUGGCUGGCUGUGUGUGUGCGUCUCUCGUGGCUGGCUGGCUGUGUAUUGUGUGUUGUGUGUGUGUCAUAUGUCUACGGAUGUGUGUUUGCAUCCGUUGGGGGGAGGGAGAGAGGCAGUGCAGUGUCUGUUUUAUUCGAUGGUUUGUGGCCUUACAAGACCCGACGGCUGCGUGCGGUUGUCUGUGUGCUGAUGUGUGUCUGAGUCUCUCUUUGCUGUCUGUGCGUGUAAGCGGAUAGAAGUAAGUUGAUCGGUCAGACAGGUUUUCGCACCAUAGCCAUGAGGACUCUCGUGUGGGAUGUUUUUGCUGCACUCUUGUUGCGAUUCCGAUUGAUUUAUUUGAGACCGAAAGUGCAUUGCCAUCGUAUUGAUGCAGUGUCC